AAGUAUGUGAUUCGACUAACGAAUAUUUUAAGACGUGAAUAUUCGAAAACGAAUUUGAUCAUUCAGUGCCUUUGUCCAAUGGUUGUUAGCACGAAAAUGUCGAAGGUUCGAAAUCCGUCAUUCUUUAUCCCGUCUGCGGAGGAGUUCGCAAAAAGUGCCGUGCGAACUGUUGGAAAUGCGCGAGAAACGUCUGGUUACUAUUCACAUCAAAUUCAGGUUUGCUUUUUCUUUCAGUUCAUUGGAAUUGGAUGA